UUUCAUGCACAUUCGCGUCCGGCUAAUCAAAUUUUCGACGUUCGCGUUCGACCGUUUGAGGUUUGACGACCUAUUGAUAAAAACAAAAAAAAAAAACCAUAAUAUUAUUCGACAAUAUUCGUCAUUUGUUCAUCACUUUGUCUCGAAAAACAAACAUUUGUUUUAUUCAAUUGAACAUUUUUUAUUUGCAAGUAGUGCGUACAGGUGCAGCCUUGGAGAUGGAUCACAGAUAAUGACAAUAUUGUAUACGAAAUAUUUUUUGACGAUUCUGAUCAUACUACCUUUAUAAACACCGAAGGUACAAAUUGUCUUCAAAAAUGGUGGCCAGAGGGGGAAAAACGAGAUUAAUUGGUUUCAUUUGCAUGGUUUUUGUUUUUUCUGCCGUGCUGUAUGUGUUUCAUGAAACGCAAGUGGAAUUAGAUGGCGUCCGUAAUUCGGCAUCCUCGUGCACACAUCAGCUAGAGUCGUUAUCGUCUCAAUUACAAGUUAUCGUUGAACAUAAGCUGAAAUUGGAGAGGUCAUUAGAAGAAGAAAAACAUGAACAUCUAAAAACCAAGGAGGACCUUAAUGCAGUAAUUCAAGAUGAGAAACAGUUGCGUGAUAAACAAAAUGUUGACUCUAUGAAUCGAUAUAGCGAGAUAGAACGAAAUCAUGAAAUAUUACAGGAAGAAGAAAAAAAUUUAAGAGAAGAAUUGGAAAAAUUGAAAUUAAAAUACUUGGAUGGUGAAAAGAAAAACAAACAACUUACUCAAGAAUUGAAUGAUGCACAAAACAAAAUACAAAAUUUUAAUAAUGAAAAAGUUAAAUUAGAAAGUGGAAAAGAAAACUUAGAAAAUGACCAAAAUAAUAACUUACAAAAAUCAAGUGAAUUAUCAGAUAUAAAAUUUAUUCAAAAAUCAAAUGAUAUUAUGAAUGUUACAAAAUUAAAAAGUGGUUCAGUAACUCCAGCCAUUAAUCCACAAGCAAUCGACGGAGCUACUGCUAAGAGUUCAACUCCAAUGCUAAGUUUUAAAGUGAAUUCUUCAAACAAAUCAUUACCUAUUGGAAAUGAUGAAGCGAAUCCAAUUAAUCAGCCUAUUAUUAUGGACAUCAGCUCUGAUAAAGUACCCAAUAAUGCUUUGGUCCCACAAAAUGAUACUAGUUCAACUCAAGAAUCUCAAGCUGGCGGAAAUGAGUCCAUGAAAGCUAUGCCUGCUCCACCUCAAGAGGAGACUGUUAAGAAAGAUUCAUUAAAUAAGUAUAAUAAUGAAGAAGACAAAAUAUCAAAGCAAAAAAAUAAUUCCUAUAAAUAUGAAUAUGAACAAGAACGUUUCAAAGAAGAUGGUGAGAUAGACAAUGAUGAAGACAUGAAUGAUUUCGAUACAAGAGAAGAUGCAAAUCAACAUGCAAAUAAAUAAAUGUAUUUAUAAUUUAAGGUACCUUUAUCUUAAAGAUAAAUAUUUAAAUGAUAUGAUACCUAUUAAUUGUAUUUUUCUUUUUUUAAUUUAACAUGAUAAUUUUUUUAAAAGCUAAAUAAUAUGCAGUUUAUAAUUAAUUGUUUAUUAAAUUUUUUUUUAUUGAAUCUAACGUGUAUUCUAAAUGCUAAAAUAAGAAAUGAAUGUAUCAUUGUGUCAUACUUAAUGUUAUUCAACCAGCUCAAAUUAUAAAAUUAAUUUAUGGUUGAAACUUAAAA